AUGGAGGAUUUGAUAUCAGAUUUGGCCCGCGACUGGGAGCUCCAAUGCACAAUCAGACCGGGGUAUACCAUUCAUACCAAGUACAUCUCGGAUCCCGCUAGAGGCAUACGGCGGAGGGCAAUCGAGGAGAAAUGGGAGCGAGAGGACACCAAGGCCCUCGGCCACGGCACCUUUGGCACCGUUUGGUUUGAGCGAUGCACCUCAGGUCCCAGCGCUGGCCAAGUGAGAGCUGUAAAACAAAUCUAUAAGAACUUUGGUCCCAUGUCCGUCUCUACCAAGGCUCUGUCAGGGGAACUCUCGGCCAUCAUGAAAUUCUCUCACGAAUUGUAUCGGCAUUGCUUUGUUCAGUCAUUUGGAUGGUACGAUAGUCAGGAUUAUCUAUAUAUCGCCAUGGAGUACCUCCCUCAUGGCGACUUGUCGAGAUAUCUAAAGAAUCCUCUUCCAGAGGCCGAGACCAGCUUGAUAAUUCUCCAGGUCCUGGAGGGGCUGGAAUUCAUGCACAAGAACAAGUUUGCCCACCGGGAUUUAAAACCAAAUAAUAUCCUCGUUCAACACGCAGGCCCAAAUUGGUGGGUGAAGAUUUCCGACUUUGGUACGACUAAGCAAAUCGAGACAACUGCCCUGCGCACAAGCGUAGGGACCGAGACAUACCAGGCGCCCGAAGUCCGUGGGAUCUUCACGCCAGCUGACAUGGCGGACAACAGCGAACGGCUCUUCUCUCUUGCGUUGGACAUCUGGGGAGUUGGCGCCAUUGCCUUUAGAAUGGCCACUGGGGGUAUGGUAUUUAGCGCGCCACGGGACUUGUAUUCCUAUGUUGUCCAAGGUUCCGCGUUUCCCUUCGAGAAAUCUCUCAGUGCGGAAUGCAAUGCAUUUGUUAGCAGCGCAAUGCACUCCUCACCGAAGCAACGACCAACCGCAACCGAAGCUUUGACUCACACGUGGCUAAAUUUAGCUUCAUCCAUCUCAAUAGAUUUAAACGAGGAACAGGUGAUUCCGAUUGAAGAGCUCAAGCUGGGAGUCGAGGAUUCGACUGUCGAGGCCUCGGCAGAGUGGCCAACUAUGUCAUGUGGUGCCGAGGAAAAAACAGAGCUGUUGAUCAAAGCCUCGGGCACGUCUAGAUCCAAUACUCCAAGAAUAGGCACAAUUGCGGACGUUUCAGCCAAGACUUGGACUGGUGUCCGCUCAGAGCCACCGAAUGAUGAAAAGGCUCCCCUGGACGAGGUUUUUGAGCGUCAGGACAAGGGAACCGGCUCUUCCCCUCGCACUACGAAUGCACAUCAGACCUCCGAGAAUCCGAGCCUCCCGCGUGCCCAAGAUCUAAGGGUGGGCGGUGGAAAGGACGGUGUGAUGGUCUCCGCCGCUUACACCUCAGACAGGAAAACUCUCGUCAUAUGCAUGGAAUAUGCGAUUCACUCCUAUACUAUAGGAGAAGAUGGGAAAUUCAAAGAAAUGGACACCCUAAGAAAUCCUGACUGGCAGGUCAUAGAAUGCAUCGCAGUGACUUACUGGCGAAUUGUUGCCCUGACGCGCAAUCUUCGCGACAUUCGGUCACUUGAACUAUGGCAAAAGAAAGACGGACAUUAUGAAUUCGAAAAGAAACACCACUUGCCAGUUAAAGACCUCUACUUGGAUGCAUGGGCCCUCUCGCAGGAUUCGACAACCCUCAUACUAGGCGGUCAUAGAACAGGCCGAUUCAGCAGCCAAGAUGAGUUUCAGAUGCGUGCGUUUUACUUAUCUCACGGCAACGAAUUGACAACCCUGGCGUCGAUCAUGCUUGGAAACCGUGUUAAGUGGAUUGUGGUGUCACCGGAUGGGGGACAGUUUGUACAGUACAUUGACAACACCACUUCCGUCAUUUGGCGGUCUCUUGGCACCUCUGGGUUUUUGAAAUACCGGACGCUGUCAUGGGAAGUGAUAAAUUUCUCGCCGGACGGCAGCCUAUUGGCAGCGAGGGGCCAGUAUGGUGAGUUCGUUCUCUUACGCAAGAAGGAGUUCGAGUCGUAUGAGGAAAUGCAGCAACUACGGGAUCAGGAGCCAACCAUGGCUGCGUUCUCAUCUGAUGGAAAAUUCCUGGCAACAGUCCUCCAGCAGCCGCAGGUUGGAAUUGUCGUAUGGGAGAAGAACGUGCACGGAAACCUGUUUGACAAGAAAUGGACGUUGCGUAGUGAAGCGAAGGUAUCAUCCAUUACCUUCUCACCAGACGCGCGACAACUAGUGGCGGGAUCUUUUCAUGACGUGGCAACCAUCUGGAAUCUCUGA